AUCCAAGACCCUGGCGGCACUGCUCCCAAAGACCCGACGCCAAGAUUUCGCGCCGAACCCCACAAUUUUUUCUGGCGCUCUCGUCGCAGCCUUCUUUCUGUCGCAGAUUUCAAUCACUCAGAUUCGCCUUGAUUAGAUGAACGCAGAAGGUCUCCUCCGCAGGCAAGGCUGGCGCGGUGCCGGCUUCUCCCUCGACACCUCCGACCGCGGGAUCAAAAAGCCUCUCCUCAUCAGCCACAAGCAGGACCAGCUGGGCUUGGGCAAGAAGAAAGCCAGCCACACGACAGACGACCAGUGGUGGAUGCGAGCGUUCGACGAGUCACUCCAAAACCUAGGAAGUGGAAAGACAAGCACGCUUAGCCAGAUCCAGGAGAAGGGAAUCAAUCGUGGUGGGCUUUACGGGUUUUUCGUGAAGGGAGAAGGACUGCAGGGAUCGAUUGGAGAGGAAACCUCUAUACCGGCAUCAGGAGCCACCACACCGCCUACGUCUGUCGACGACAGUAGUACCGAUGAAAGCGAAAGCGAUUCGGAUUCUAUGAGCAGCGACGACGCUGCAUCCGAUUCCUCGAAAUUGACGAAGGCGAAGAAGAGCCAGAACAAGCGGAAGCGUGAAGCUGAGGAAGAUGUACCAGCCACCAAGAAGCUGAAGCAAGAAACUGGCGGAGUGAAGAUCGGCGCACGGGCACAAGCAAGUGCGAAUGGCGAAGUGCGGACAGGCAUGGGUCCCAUCAGCGCAGACGCCUGGCCACAAAUGUGCGCUGUCACGUCCAGGAUUGGCAAGCAAGUCAAAGCGAGUGUCAAAAAGAACGAGAAGGCCGGUGCGUACGGCGAUGCAACAAACGUCGAUGACCCGAAGGUCCCUGGCACAAAGCUCGGCAAGAAAGCCGUGAAGCAACAGCAGCAGAAGGUCAUACGGGCUGCGAAGAAGCAGAUGGCCAAGGAGUUGGUUGUUGAGGCUAUCCUCAACGGCGAUCUGCCGAUGCUGAACCCUGAGAACUUGGCAAAAGAAGAUAUCCUGCAGAACUACGGCAAAAUUUCCAAAGCCAUCAAGGCCGUGGAGAACGCUAAUAAGAUUUCGAACAAGACAGAGCGUCAGGCUAAGAGGGAACAGAGAAAGGAGGCAAAGGGUAAGGUUGCCAGUGGAAAAGCUCGCAGCAAAGCUGCAGCCCAACAGCAACCCACUGAGCAAUCUCUUAUCGAAGCGCAUCUUUCUCGGUUGUCGCCGGAGAAGCAAGUCGACUACGCAGCUCGCGCCGCGGAGAAAGGGCAGACACUCGAGGAAUACACUCUUCGACGCAUCGAGAAGAAGGAAGCUAAGCGUAUAGAGAAGGAACCCAAGACUGAGGAUGAGAAGGCAGUUGCUACAGAGGCAAAGGGCGAGUCUGGAAAGAUUGCGCCUUGGAGAGCACAGAAGAAAGUGCAGAGCAAACUGAAGAAGGAGCAGAAGACCAAGAGCGAAAAGUUGGCGAGUAAGGUAAAGAACAAGUAUGAGGUCGGCGAGAAGGCGAAGGCGCGGAAUACGAAGAUCAGGGGAGACGACGAGGGAGGGGUGAAGGAUAUGGCGGGGGACCAGUCGUUCAUGGAGAAGGCGGCGAGGUUUGGGGCUAUUGCCAAACCCAUUGCUGCCGCUGCUUGAAUCAGCGGAGACGGAGAGACGGUGCUAGAUGAUUCAAUGACGCAUUUAGGAAUGGCGACGUACACAGGCGGUUUGGCUCUUCAGCGGCAUGGCGUGGCAUUUGCAAAC